AUGCAAGAAAAUUAUAAUUUUAUUUGUUCUCCACAAUUAAGACCUGUUUUAAAUAAUUUAUAUUUAUCCAAAAAAAGUAUAAUAAAAUCAGUUGAAUUAAACAUACAAGAAAAAAGAGAAUCAAUUAAAAUUUUCGAUAUUGGCUGUUCUCAUGGAUACAACUCAAAUAUUCAAUUAAACUUUUUUAUUUCCAUUAUUAGAGAUGAAAUGAAAUGCAACAAGUUGAUUGAAAUUAUUCAUGCAGAUCAAGAAAAAAAUGAUUUUACCAAGCUUUUCCUUCACAUAAAUAACGACUUACAAUCUUAUUUAAAAAAAUGGGACAACAUUUACUAUUAUUCAAGGGGUUCUUCAUUUAUGAAUCAAUUGGUACCAGAUAGCUCUAUGGAUAUCAUUAUAUCAUUCUGUACUUUACAUUGGGGUGACGAAAAUGAACCAUCACUAAAAAAUAUUCGUUACAAAGAAUUAAAAAACGGUGGUUCUUUUAUUUCUAAUUUAUGUGCUGGUAAAACAGACGAACAAUUACAAAUAACUGAAGAUUGUUAUAGAGGUGCCAAAGACAUUUUCAGAGAAAUGGCAAAUGAAAAAAUUCUCAGUCAUCAAGAGGUUUAUGAUAUGACUCUUCCACUCAUCUUUUUUAGAAAAAGUAUAAUCGAUAGAGUUUUAGAAAAUAUGAAUGAGGGUUUUAAACGUCAAGCAGAGAAAUAUGUUUUCCUUGAUUGGAAUCAAGAAAGUAGGGAAGCUACAACUUCAAAAAAUAAUGCCAUUAAAUAUUUCGUAGACUCGACACUAGGUUACCAAGGUGGUUAUAUCAAGAAGGAAAUUAAAGGUGAUGAAAAAACUGUUAAUAAAAUUUAUAAUCAAUUUUAUAAUAGAUUUAUUCAUAAAUUAGAAUCAAAUCCAAAUUUUAACAUUUCAUUUGAUAUUAUCUUUUUAGUUUUAAAAAAAGAUUAA